AUGUGCAAGCAAACAGGCGGCGGAGGAUACACCCUAGGAGAGGGAGCAGUAGCAUGCAUGAUUGGCGAGAAGGAGUUGGGAAACUGCAAGGACACUGCAGCUGGUGCAACACUGAUCCUCCCAUCGGGGACAGGGAACCUUGCUGCUCCGACUUUGACGAAAGGCACUGGCAGUGCCGCACUUUCGACUGUGACGAAAUCCGCGGCUCCGGCCUCCACCACUGCUACAGCUUCGCCGAGCACGACGACGACAACAACAUCAAGUUCAAGAUUUACCUCCACGACCAGUACUGAGUCCAGCACGGCUCAAACCUCAACCUUGAGCACACGUCCGAGUUCCGUUCCAAGCGUGGAGCCCACUGCUUCCAGUACAACAGCGCCGGUUACAUCAAGCACAUCAGGCACGUCUGCUCCGGCUGGGGCGCCCGCUGAAAAGGAAUCACCGCAACUCACCAGCGCUCAGGUUGCUGGGAUCACAAUAGGUUGUGUCGCGGUUGUGGCUCUGGGUGCAGGGCUUGUCCUCUUGGCCAAAUGUGCACGCCGGAAGAGAAUGGGUUCAGGGGAUCCGGAGAAGGGAUUCAACAGAAUGAGGGACUCAUUCAAGAGUUUUGGCCGCAGGAGCAUUACCGGUCCUGAUUUGCUGGGCAUCAGCUACCCGAUUCAGAGGAUUCCUUCGGAACAGGGCACACCUACGUUUAGGCCCACGAAAGCACCAAGGGCUGACGGCGUUGGUUUGGCGAUCCUGCCCGGAUCCGCUUCGGCGUCAAACUCUCCCAGGCCUACAGUAACUAGAGCUACCGCCGGCACCGCUCCUAUUCUGCCCAUGCCUGCCUUGCCGCCAGCCAUGGUAAUCACUCCAGCUUCUCGGACCCAGACGCCACUUGGCAGGAAGGAAACGCCACCAAAGCCGAACUUGACUUUGGCUAUUCCGAAGAACCCACCGAUGCCCGCUGCUGUCCCAGCCGCUGUCCCAAGGGCUGCUCCCGCCCCAGCUCCCAGCGCUGCUCCUUUGACCGGAAGAGAUAGUGUCAUUACCGAGUUUGCAGAGGAUGGCGAAGGAGAGAGCAGGUCGGGUACUGCUAUUUGGCGUCCACCGCCAAGUGAUCCCCAGUCGGCAACCACCUACUACUUUGCUGAUAAGAAGGGCAACUGGAUCCUCAGAAACUCAACUGUAGGCGCGGGAACGAAGACCCAGAUGCCCCCAUACCCAACUUCUUCUGUCGAGCUGCCAAGCCCGCAGGACAAGACGAAGGCCGAAAGGGCGUAUAUGCCCUACACCCCCGGUAUGGUCGUGGCUCCCCUUAGAGUCCCCUCCAGAGAACGGGAGCAGGGUGCCUUUGUGGAAUCACCUGUUGCCAUGAGAGAUGACCCUCAUCCUCGGGACAUCGUGGCGUCAAGUGUCUACUCCGAUUACAACGCUCCUCUGACUGUGGUUCCUGGCCCGGAGAACCCCAUGCCCACUCUCCCUUCGUCAGUGCCCUCUGAGAACAACACGGGGAGGAACUUGACAGGCACCAAAACCAAGCGCAAGUCGGUCAAGAGGACGACCCGGCAACGUCGGAUGUCCCAGGACUCUGCCACGGAGAUCGAGUCGGGAGAUGAAGAAGAUGAUAGCCAAGAUCUUUCACCCGUGGCGGAAUCGCCUUACUCGCCGAGCCCUCUUUCUAGCGGAAAGUCGCCGGUGUCGUAUCCCAAGAUUCACAAGCAGGGAAAGAAUGUGAACGAGGGCCUGCAGCAGCUUCGCGAUGCUCAAAAGGCUCUGGGCAACGGUGGCGCUUCCGCCGGCCCCGAACCUCCCAGGCGCAACUCUAAGCGUAUGUCAAAGCAGCAGGGACAAGGACAGGCCCAAGGCCAGGGACGCUUCCCCAUCAGGAUCGUGACCCCGGAAGAGCGUGAUAACGAGGGAAUGCGCAUGGGUGCGGUUCCUCACGGGACACCUCAGUUGACCGUCGGGAUGUCGAGGCCCAUGAACGCUCCCGUUGUGAACCCAAACAGGAACAAGAACCCUGGCCAGAUGAGAACUGGGUCACCUGAGGGGCGCUUCCCGAUUGCUGUGCCGGUUGAGCAACAGCAACGCCAACAACCUCAAAGAAGACAAAGCUCUGUAGCGACUGGCCCCAAUGGCUAUUGGAAUCAGCAACAGGCUCAACAGCCACAAGGACAGGGAGAGGGCUCUGCCUACUAUUACCGUGCCCCAUCGCCGCGCCAAUGGGAGCAACAGCAACGCCAGUUGCAACAAGCCCAGCGAGCGCAGCAACAGCAGCUGCAGCAGCAGCAGCGGCAGCAGUCUUCCUACUUCCGUCCUUCCCAAGGGCAUUAUGAGGCUCAAAUGCAGCAGCAGCAGCAGCGCCAAUACAGAGGACCCCAACAACCUCCCAUGCCCCAGCAAUCAUGGCCCAUCUUUGCCCAGCCAGCCCAACCACAGCAUCAGUCUCAGCACCAACACACAAGAACCAACAGUUCCUCCCUGCUCACCAAGCGCCUCGGCGCCGAAAAGGCCGCGGCACUCGCCCUCAACCCCAAUCCCAACAGCAGCUCUAACAAGAGUAUUGGCAGACCCGCAAAGGGAUGGGCUAGAGAUGGCCAACAACAACAGCAGACUGGACCCCAACAGGCUCGCCAACAGCAGCAGCAGCAGCAGCAACAACAAUACUGGCAAGAAGGCCAGGCCCAGAACUGGGGCAACAAUAAUAACCAGAGGGCGAUGCCGUCUCAAAACCCGUACGGUGGUAACACAAACACCAACACCAACGAGCGGGUAUCACGGGCUGGUGCACGUGCCCGCGCUCAUGAGCUUCCUGACCUAAGUGGAUACGCUAAGACCGACCCCACACUAUAA